CGGCGGCGGCGCGCUUCAGUUGGCCACCGAGUGCGCCUGGGAGCGGACGCAGGGUCGUCGCCCGUCUGCUAGGAGCGCGUCUGAGUGUGUGAACGUUUAGUUUUGAAUGGAUGCUUGCCCCUGACUGCUGACUCCGUCUCCGCGGGCGAACCUCAAGAGCGAUGGAAGUGCUGUGGUUUCUAAUUCAAGUUCUGGUGCUGUGUCCGGCCGUCGUCCGAACCUGGGAUGUUAUAGUUGCCAGUGAGGGUCAUCUCAACACAUUGACAGCCACUGGAGAAAUACAUGAAAUAAAUACACCCACACCUGUGGGCUCUUCGGUGUCUGUAGCUAUGUCUCCAAGUCGAGACAAACUCUAUUUGAGUGACAGUAAUCAUCCAAAUGCCAGCCUCUUAUCGCUGGACAUUGCCUCUGGCAAAAUGGAACCUCUUGUGCCAAAACAAUCUGGUAAUAUUCUUGGAUUGGCUUUGGAUCCUUUGAACAAUGUAGUGUACUGGACCACAGGGUAUGGUCAUUCAAUAUUGAAAGCAAGCAUUGAUGGCCAUUCAGAUUAUAGAUCAAGAACAGUUAAGACUGUUCAUAAAUUUAGAGAUGAAAUGCCGCAGGGUAUAGCAAUUGAUAGUUGUGGAAGGUACCUUUUUUGGACCAACACUAAUCGAAGAGCACCAAGUAUAGAAAGAUCAAAUCUAGAUGGUUCUAAUCGCACAGUGAUAGUCACAGAAGAUCUUUAUGUACCAGUAGGAAUUGCAGUAGACCAGAUAGAACGCAAGUUGUAUUGGACCCAGGAGCUUGGGGGCAUAUACUACUCUAUUGAACGAAGUGAUUUGGAUGGCAGUAAUAGGGAGGUCAUGAGAUCAACGAAUCAUCAGCCUUACACUCUAGCAAUUGGCACUGAUUACAUUUACUGGGCUGACUGGACACACAAUGCUAUUUGGAGAAAGGAUAAAAAUCAUCUAGUUGAAGGUUCUGAUCCUCUUAAAGUUUAUGCACUUUCAUCAGCACCUCAUGGAGUUGUGGCAUAUCUAGAUGGUGAAGCAAAAACUGAUGCUGAUUGUCGGUCAAUACUAUCAGCUCAUGAAAUGAAAAAGUUUGAAGCUACAACAAUCAUCACAACUGCUGCAACUGAUGAUAUCACAGAAGCUGACUGGAAUGACGGGACUGUUGUAGAUGAUGAGUUUUGUCUGAAUAGUGGAGCUAUUCUAAAAACAAAAGAUCGAGGACCUGUUUGUCGCUGUCUUCCAGGGUAUACAGGAGUAAGGUGUGAAACUGAGAUUUGUUUCAAUUUUUGUGUUCAUGGAGUGUGCUCUAUGGACAACAAAAGAGGGUUUGCUACUUGCAUCUGUGAGCCAGGCUUCUCAGGUGACAGAUGUGAGCAAAACUUGUGCUCUGACUUUUGCCUUAAUGAUGGUCAUUGCCAUAUUGUGAAUAGUAAACCAUCAUGCACCUGCCAUGAUUCAUUCAAAGGAGAGAGAUGUGAAAUUAGCAACAGCCUGAGCAAACUUUGCCAGAUUUAUUGUGAAAGUGACAUUGCUCUUGUACCAGUUCAGUCUAGUUUAGAUGUUCAAUCACUCUGUGUUUGUUCCCCAGAGGGAAAGAAACUAAACACCUUAAAUGAAACUGCCUAUGUCGUUCCUAAUGAAAUGAGCCAAAUGUCUCUGAAGAAAGAGUCAUCGGUUAUUAUUGAAAAUAAUUUAGCUUUGCUCAUUGUAUUUGGAUGUAUCUGCCUUCUUCUACUGUUAGCAGUUAUACUUCUUACCUAUAAAGUUCUGAUGCUACGAAAGCGUCCUCGCAUCAAGAAAAGAUUUAUUGGCAGCAAGACAGUAACACCUACACCACUAACCAAUCGGCCCAGUCCGGCAACUGAUCAAUGUGAAAUAAAUAUUGAAAAUUGCUGUAAUAUGAAUAUAUGUGAAACGCCGUGCUUCGAGCCAAAUCUUCGGACAUCACGACCAGGAUCAAAAAAAGAAGAAAAAAAGACACUUUUGGACAGUAUGGAGAAUUCACAAGGUGGAUCACAUGAUGAUUUGUAUUAGCAAAUUUCCUCUCUGCCUAGUCACUGUUUUUGACUAAUAUGUAUUUAUAUUUUUACUAAAUCAUACUAAAUUCAGGGCAUUAGAGGGUACAAAUAGGCUUGUAUUACAUUUUUUAUAAAUUGCCUACAAAGUGUUCAUGUGAUAUUGAAAGCUGAGUGACUGUUCUCUCCAGAGUGAAUUAUCAAUUUUUGAGAUUGUGAUAGUAAAGCACAUAGUGAUGGAGUGAUGUUUGAGGGAUGUGAUUAUGUUAUCAAUCCUGUGAUGAGUAAUUUGUGUAAGUUUUAAAAACUAAAAUGCUCUAUUCUGGAAACGCUGUCUGGUAGAUCAUGAGACUUAUGUACGUACAUCAACCUCUGAGUACUAUAGUUCAUACAAUACCACAUAUGCAGAUUCCACAAUAUUAAUUUAUCGUUAAGUACAAAGUUAGACCAACUACCGACUUAUGUGUUCUACUGUAUUGGCGUAGCUAGAAUGAAGCAUUUGUUUACACCAGGUUAAGAACCAAUGUCUAAUACCAAAAAUGUAUCUUAAUUAAUCUUAAAUCGAUCUCAGAGCUGUGGCACAUGAGUUCAUAAUUCCUAAAAUGUUCUCUACUUAAAAGAAAUUGUGCAGCUUUGCGUCUGAGUUGCUUUGCUCAAGGGAUAUGCUGUAUGUGUGAUUUAGAUUCCAGACGGCUCCAUAUUUGCCAAAAUGUUUCAAUUUGGUCUGUAUAUUUUCCCCGUGCUUUUGAAGUGUGGAUGACAUACCUGCUAGAGCCUACAACAUUGGCCUUUGAAAGACCACUAGUUAUUUAUUAGUCCAACAACUCUAUUGGGCCCUUGUGACGUCAUUUUUCUUGUGAUUGUUUUGUUACUUAAUGUACUAGGGCUAUUACAGGGUUUUUAAGGCUUGUCAAAGAAUUUGAGCCUUAUAUUUUCUAUUCAAUGUUCUGUUUUUAGUUUGUUUUUUUCUUUUCUUUUAAAUUUCUGUAUUUGAAAGUUUGAGAUUAUUGAUCCAAAUACCACAGUCACCUCAUAGUCGCCUUUUUUCUAUAGGUUCAUGAGGCACGCUGUUCAUUCUUGUAGAUUGUAGUGUAGUGUAAGGGUUUUAUUUAAAAUCAAUCCUCUUAGGUUUUUUUUGUUUGUUUUUUUGUCUGAUAGGAGGAGAUGAAAGAGGAGUGUUGUUAAUGGCACUUGUUUGCAAUUGAUGUGCACAAAAGAAUGACAACUUAGGUAAACAGGACAUCAUGUAUCUGGUCACUAUCUUGAAUGCCUAACAGCAUCAGACUUUAUUUCAAGAAAAGUAAUUAUGUUACCAUUAUAUUUUCUUAACAAAAUUUCCGACAAGUGAAAUGGAAGUCUUAUUGAUGAGAUAUGCCCUUCAUGCACCAUUUUGGAGGCUGCCUUUUUUCUACAUUCUCCUAUUGUUCCCUUCUUAUCCAUCAGUCUUCUUCUGAAAGUUUGGACUGACAAAAGUGAUAACAAUGACAAGAUAAAUUGUAAAAACCAAUAAUAUAAUGUAAGUAGUGUUUUAAAUUCUGUUAUGUUUUCAAAUUUCGACAAUGUACUUAUUUUAUUUUUCUUUGAUUGAAGGAAAGACUUUUUUAAAUUGUUUGGUAAAAAAACUAUUUUAGUUCAAUUUUGUUUGAAAUUCCUGAAGGUUAAUGUACCCUCAUCUUCAUAUAUACUUACUGGCUCACUUUGGAGGUAGUCUUGCUUGAGAGAGGUUUCAUGAAAUGUUUGCGUGCUUUCCUCUAGUGCACUAAGACAAAAUAUUAUUAUUUUCCAAUAUUGCUCUAGUACAGUAAGGAUGUCAAGUUAUGUAUUUUCAUCUGAGCAGAGGAAACUGUAUGCAAGCCCAACCCAUUUUUUCUGAAAUCUCUCUCAAAGUCCGACAGAAAUUAGUUAAAGUAUUGAACAAUUAUGUAUAUUUCACCUUCAAAGUAAGUUCUGUUGUUAAGGUCAUCAUAAAUUCAUAAGGAACAGUUAUAAAUUAACUGUCCAAUGAAGUGCUGAUGCUUGGGGAUAUAAGUUUCCUUUGUGAUAUAAGUAGUAGUCUCAUAGAGUUAUGGUUUUAAGGACCAUAGAUUAGUUCUCCUGUAAUUAUGUAUAAGGCAAGGUUUUUUUUUUUUUUUUUUUUUUAAUGAAAGUGUUUAGAUUUUUAGUUACCAUAACGUUUUCCUACUGAAAUCAUGCUUUACCUGAAUGCUCUGUGUCCCGGCACUUAUGAGUAGGGUAUUUAUUUCAAGUUUCUGCUAAUGAUUGCUUUGAAUUUUUAACAUGCACCUUGGGUUUUCAAGUAUGUAGCUGAUAGUGGCGCCAAUUGAAGUGCCAAAUAUCUUCUUUCUUGUCAUCCAGCAUGCCAAAAUGUAAAACAAUAGUAACAAAUUCUGUACUUCUCAAGGCAGCAGAAGAGUUAAAGAUUGAUUCCAUCCCAUUCUUUGAUGAACUGUUAGAUCCUUGUAUCGACGUCUUAUCAAGCACACCUUCAUAAUUCUUGUGCUUUUUUUAUUUAUUUUUAAAUUAUAUGCCAUUGUGGCUGAUUGAAAGACUGAAAGAGAACCAUUUCCAACUUAUGCAAUGGAGAUUAUUUCAUACCCCUUCAUUGUAAAGUUUUGGUCUUAAAAGAACCAAAUCUCCUAGGUACAUGUUAUCAGUGUAGCAAGUCUGAAACAUGUCGGAUCGGCUAUAGCUUACCUCACUUGGGUAGUGCUUUUCUUUACAGAAAAUAAAUGAAGGGUUUGCUGCUCAAAAUAUGGCUUGAUGUAAAUUGUUAAAUAUUAUGGAUGCCUCAGCACCAGCAUCCGUUGCAUGGGUAAAAUGCGAUGGACUGACACUGAUAAAGUGUACUCUAUUUUACAAGAAUAUUAAACUUGAAUAUGAA